AUCAUUCUUGCUUGAACUAGCGAGUGCCCAGUUGAACGCUCAGUACAGCGCGUAUUUCCAAACGUGAAUUCUCACUCUGUGGGAAAACAACUCCUGAAACUCUUGUGAACCUUUUUUCGUGCAUUCAACAUCCACAAUGGUGAAAGGACCCGCGAUCGGAAUCGAUCUGGGAACCACCUAUUCUUGUGUUGGUGUAUUCCAACAUGGGAAAGUCGAGAUCAUCGCCAAUGAACAAGGUAACCGAACAACUCCCUCGUAUGUUGCCUUCACCGACACCGAACGACUCAUCGGUGAUGCUGCCAAGAACCAGGCCGCCAUGAACCCUGAGAACACAGUCUUCGACGCCAAACGACUCAUCGGACGACGUUACGACGACACCAGCAUUCAGGGCGACAUGAAACAUUGGUCAUUCCAAGUGAAGAACGACGGAGGCCGACCGAAGAUUCAGGUGGACUUCAAAGGAGAGCGCAAAUCUUUCUACCCGGAAGAAAUUUCGUCGAUGGUUCUGACGAAAAUGCGCGAAACCGCUGAAGCCUACUUGGGACAACCUGUUCGUGACGCUGUCAUCACAGUUCCUGCUUACUUCAACGACUCGCAACUCGGUGUAUUCGAUCUGACGGGACUAGCUCCAGCUCCGAGAGGUGUUCCUCAAAUCGAAGUCACAUUCGAUAUCGACGCGAACGGAAUCCUCAACGUUUCGGCCGAGGACAAGUCUUCCGGGAAGCAGAACAAAAUAACCAUCAACAACGACAAAGGAAGACUCUCGAAGGAAGACAUCGAUCGCAUGGUCAACGAAGCCGAAAAAUACCGCGAUGAGGACGAGAAGAUGAAGAAGAAAAUCGCGGCGAAGAAUGCUCUCGAAGCUUACUGCUUCAGUCUGAAAGGAACCUUCGAGACGGACUACGACAAGAUCAAGGACAAAGUCCCCGAAUCAGAGAAGAACUCGGUCCUCGAGCGUAUUCGGGAGACUCUCCAAUGGCUCGACGCGAACCAACUAGCGGAGACCGAUGAGUAUGAGCACAAGCAGAAGGAGCUGGAGCAAUUCUGCCGACCCAUCGUUUCCAAAAUCUACCAGGGAAGCGCAUCAGGAUCAGGACCCAUGCCGUCAGCUGGAGGUCCCACGGUGGAGGAAGUAGAUUAGGUAUUAUUAGUGGAAGAUAGUCCAGUAUAUCAUGAAUCAUGAUGUCAGUA